UUUUCCGAGACAUGCCUUUACAGGCCUUUUCAGUCUCUAAGAGUCUCCUCACUCAAUCAACACUCUGUCCCUUCAAAGCAUAAAAAUAAUAAAAAUCCUAACAGCUUUACCAAUCCAUCAAAUCCUUUAAAAGAUAUUUUUCACAUUCUUAUUUACCAGAAAGCAUCAGUUGUUCACACAAACAUGAUCUUCAAUAAACCUUUCCUAGGAAUUGAGUGAUCCAUUACAUAAACAUUUUUCUUAUUACCACCCAAUCCAAAAAAUUUUCUCUUUUAAAGUUGGCUAUCUAACGAUUUUACUAAUUUUAUAGUGAAUUAUUAUUCCAUUUUGUUUAGUGUGGGACUACAAACCGGGCUCCUGUUAAUGAAAGGUUUUUUGAAUUCGAUAAGAAUACUGUUGAAACCCUUAACAUUUGACAAACCAACUCAAGACCACUCGGGAUACAACACUAAUUUAGUUUCCGAUGCCUCCCCUAUGGUAUGGUUCGACUACAACUCCACUAUGACCUUCCUCGUUUCCCCAGAGAAGCCCCCAAUUUGUAGGUCUCCCAAUACCAUUAAGGUUGUAUUCCGCCCUCUUCCUCCGUGCCCUUCCUAUCCUCGUUGGGACACCACUCUAGUUUGUGGACUACUCGGGACGUACCGUUGA